AUGGGUGAGCACAAGGCUAAUAGUACAGUGCAGGAGUUUCCAGGAAACAUCAUCAAUAACCGCUUGGUUCCCACACCCAAGACGCGUCAUUCCAUCAACCCUUCCACCGGCGAGCCACUGUACGAAGUUCCUUACGCCACCCAGGAAGACGUAGACGCUGCGGUGAAGCACGCGCGCACGGCAUUCAAAAGCUGGUCCAAGGUUCCCUUUGAAGAACGCUCGCAACUGCUUGUUGCCUAUGCCGAUGCCCUGGAGGCCCAGCGUUCGCCGCUGGAGAAGCUGCUCGUGCAGGAACAGGGCAAGCCGCUUGGACUGGCCAAGACGGAAUUUGACAUGAGUAUAGCCUGGCUUCGAGAUUUUGCCACGAUGGAAGUCAAGGACGAAGUGCUCGAAGACAACGAGGAGCGGACUGUCAUCCAGACAUUCCCGCCAAUCGGUGUAUGCUGCGGCAUUGUCCCCUGGAACUGGCCUGUCCUGCUUGGCCUGGCCAAAGUUGGAUCAGCGCUGAUCACUGGCAACACCAUCAUCAUCAAGCCAUCGCCCUUUACGCCGUACUGCGACCUGAAGCUCGGCGAGAUCGGCAUGAGCAUCUUCCCGCCGGGCGUCUUUCAAGUCCUCAGUGGAGGAGAUGACCUCGGUCCUAUGCUCACCGAGCAUCCUGACAUCGAUAAAAUCUCCUUCACCGGUUCAAGCGCAACCGGCAAACUGGUCAUGCAGAGCUGUGCCAAGACCCUCAAGCGCGUUACACUCGAGCUUGGUGGUAACGACCCGGCCAUCAUUUGCGAGGAUGUCGACAUCGACGCCAUCGUGCCAAAGAUCACCACCCUCGCGUUUCUCAAUUCGGGUCAGAUCUGUAUGCUGAUCAAACGGGUGUAUAUUCACGAAAAGAUCUAUGACAAGUUCCGGGAUGCGAUGGUCGCCUUUGCCAAAUCUAUCAAGACGGGCGAUGGAUUUGAGCCGGAUGUCCUCGUCGGGCCAAUCCAAAACAGCAUGCAAUUCGAGAAAGUCAAGGAUAUGUACUCCGAGAUUGGCAAACGCAGCUGGAAACAGGCUCUCGAGGGACAAGUAUUCAAAGACUCCAAGGGCUACUUCAUUAGUCCCGCCAUCAUCGACAACCCACCCGAAGACUCCCGCAUCGUUGUAGAGGAACCCUUUGGGCCAAUCGUGCCUCUCCUCAAGUGGUCCGAUGAGGAAGAUGUCAUUGAACGGGCAAACAACAGCAAGUCCGGUCUGGGUGCCUCUGUGUGGAGCAAGGACCUGGAUCGGGCAGAGCGAUUGGCCCGGUGCCUUUCCGCGGGGAGUGUCUGGAUCAAUUCUCACUUUGAUGUUGCGCCCAAUGUGCCAUUCGGAGGACACAAGUGGAGUGGCAUUGGCAGCGAAUUCGGCAUGACUGGUCUGAAGUGGUGCUGUAACUCCACGUCGCUCUGGAAGUGGAAGAAUGUCAUGUAA